CGGUGGCCCAGCAAAUACAGCUUGACUCGGGGCCAAGGCUCUUGAGGGCUGAGCAAUGUUCCCAUGCUCACUCCUGAAACACUGUCCCUUCGCCAUUCAGAAGGCAUCAUUUUGGGGAAGGCAGUGGUUGGUUUUUCAGAGCCAGAGAGUGGCCCUGCCAGCUGCUGGGCAGGGCAGGCUGAGAAGGGUGGUAUGCAGGUGUUGUUCUGACCUCACCUCCACUGUGCCAGCCUGACUUGGGAUGCCAAGUAUCUUAGGCUUGAGGGUGGGUAACAGGAGGCAUCUCUCUCACUCCAGCCCCUUCCUCUUCCUAAGACACCCGUGUCUUCUACCUUCCUGUGGUAGAAGAGUGGAUGGGUUAAUUCCCUUCCAUAAUCCUCCCAGGACCUAGAGGCUUUCAGAUCAGGGCUGGGAGGGGCCCAGACAGUUCUCCCCAGGACCUCUUCUACCUUUGGAAUGCCUAUCACCUGGGGGAGGGGGGUGUCAGACAUCCCCCAGACCCAUCCUGCAUUCCACUGUAUCCAGAUUGAGGCCUAGAGAGGGGCGGAAGUCCCUUAGAGUCACAGGGAAUGGCAGCGCCUGGACUGAUACUCUGCCCAGCUGCUUUGCCUGACCCUCUCAGAGCAUAACUUCCGGGCACCUGCACCUAGAAGCCGCCCAGUGCCCCGAGCUGUCUCCAUGGCCUGCCUGAGCUCCUCGCAGCUCCAGAAGUUCCAAGAGGAUGGGUUCCUGGUACUGGAAGGAUUCUUGUCUGCGGAAGAGUGUGUGGCCAUGCAACAGAGGAUUGGCAGGAUAGUGGCCGAAAUGGAUGUCCCUCCCCACUGCCGAACAGAGUUCUCCACCCAUGAAGAGGAGCAGCUUCGAGCCCAGGGCAGCACAGACUAUUUCUUAAGCAGUGGUGACAAGAUUCGAUUCUUCUUUGAGAAAGGCGUUUUUGAUGAGAAAGGAAAUUUCCUGAUCCCUCCAGAGAAAUCCAUCAACAAAAUUGGCCAUGCUCUGCACGCCCACGACCCCGUCUUCAGGAGCAUCACACACUCUCCCAAGGUGCAGGCCUUGGCCAGAAGUCUGGGCCUCCAGAUGCCUGUGGUGGUGCAGAGCAUGUACAUCUUUAAGGUGGCGUGUCAAGAAGGAUGGUCCGGGCCCCUGCUGGUUCAGCGCCUGGUACCAGCUUCCUCGGGUCAGAGCCAGCCUGGGAUAACAGCCUCUUUGUGCCCACCCCAGUACGGAGAGGGGCCCUGGUCCUCAUCCACGGAGAAGUGGUGCACAAGAGCAAGCAGAACCUCUCCGACCGCUCACGCCAGGUCUACACUUUCCACCUCAUGGAGGCAUCUGGCACCACCUGGAGCCCGGAGAACUGGCUCCAGCCAACAGCUGAACUGCCCUUUCCCCCGCUGUACACCUAAAGGUUCUCACAGGGUAGGAGCCCUGGACCCUCUCGGUGAAGCUGUGGGCUGCAAACACCAGCGCCUUGCUCGGCCUCCUGGUUGUAACAGGGAGGUCUCGGGGCUUUCUUCUUGCCCUGUGGGCAGCAGCCUGGGCGGGGUCAGGGCUUCCCCAAUAUUUUCACCUGUCUGCCUCCCUACUGCCCCAACACAGCCUUGAGGAGGCCUCUCAGCCACCAAGGAGUGCUGGCCCCUUCUCACUCUCCUCUCCUCUCAGAUGGAACUCUGGUUAUUAUGGUGUUAGAUAUUGAAUAAAAAUGACUUCAGAAUGCA